AUCUCGUGCCUCCAUUUUGAUAUCAUUCCAGCCAUGUCAGUAGGGGUCAGCUGCUUCACCCUGGUGGCCAUCUCUUUGGAGCGGUACUUCGCCAUCUGCAGACCGCUUCAUUCCAGGUCAUGGCAGACCUUGUCACACGCCUACAAGUAAGUGGUGCGUUUUGAGUCGCGCGUGCACAUUUUUAUUGAAGUGACCACACCGGCCGGGCAGUCACGUGACACGGCCAUCAGUUUAAUUAUUCGCGGGUUGUUGUUUUUUUUUUUUUUUAAAUUACGACGUUACUAGAUUAAAUUCCACGAAACAAUUUUUUUUAAAAACUUCUUGGGGGCUUCUAAAAAAAAAAGGUGAUGAGGGGCGUGUCUUUCCAAAAAGAAAUUUGGUAAAGUCUUUAUGUAAAUUUGUUGCACGCAUUAAACAGUUGUAUACAUUAACAGAAAUUCUUUCCUUUAAGUUUCUUAGUGCAGAUAUCUAAUGAGAUACUUUUGAUUAUAUUCCUAUAAUUUUUUAGCUUAAACACUUUUAUUUGUGAGGACGAUGAAACAUGCAUGGGACUUCGUGUACCAAAAUGAAGUUUGUUUCGAAGUCUGUGAAAUGUAUACGUUUUCAAAACUUGGAGAUUAAAUAUGCAGCAGCAGAAGCGAGGAACCAAGCACGUUUGUAUCAGUAGAACUAUGUCAAAACCAUGUCAAUCACAAACUCUUACUUCUUAUGUCUGAUCAGGCGUAUGUUGAGUACAAUAAAGGCCACGUUUGGUCAGUCCAGUUUACCGGUUAUUACCAUGUAUGGGCAGUCUAGCAUACGAUUAGGGUAAUUAUUAACACGUUUGGUCAGUCUAGUAUAAAAUCAUUACCAUGUUCGGUCAGUCAAUUAUACAUUUAGGGUAAUUAUUACAAGGUUUGAUCAGUCUAGUAUACAUUUAUUACCAUUUGUGGUCCGUCUAGAAUGCAAUCAGGGUAAUUAUAACCAAUGAGGGUAAUUAUAACCAUGUUUGGUCGGUCUAUUAUACAAUUAUUGCGAAGUUCGGUCUGUCCAAAAUACAAUUAGCACUCCCCCCCCCAAUCUAACACAUACAAAUCCUAUUCUAUCCUCAGAUGUAUUGUUGUAUGUUGGAUCAUAUCAGCUGCCCUGAUGACGCCCACUGCGGUGUUCCAACAAAACACGGAGCUCCCUAAGGGUGGGCACAAGUGCAUCGAAGUGUGGCCCAACGAGCGCGUGGAGCAGGCGUACACCAUCCUGCUGGACCUGACUCUGCUCAUACUUCCGGUCGUCAUUAUGAGCGUGGCGUACAGUCGGGUGGUGCACGCCCUCAUCUUUGACGUCAGGUCGAGCAUGGACCUGGGGAUAACAUCAAACGGUAAGUGAAGGGGGCGUCAAUCAUUAUGGAGGAAUCCCAACUAGUUGAUAUAAUUGCCUCCCCUCUUGACCUCAUGCCAUUUCAAAUUGACCACGUUCCGUUCAUCGCUAACAUCCAAUUUUUUUUCAUUGGUGAUAAAAAGUGUAUCAUUGGGCCCAUUUCAUUUCUAGACGGACUCAUCGAGGGUCUGACCUCCUUCGAUCUCAUCGUGACUUUUAGAAACCGAUGGUUUUGUGGCUUCGUGGUGGAAGGGGUUCUGCAAAGCUGAUUUCGUGGGUCUAUCAGAACCAACGUGAACAGAACCGUCGGGAAUGAAUACGAUUUUUAUAAAGCUUUCAUUAUCUGGACUCUUGUUAAAAGAGAUUUCUUUAAUAGGGUCGCCUUUAGAUCAUUAUCUGGACUCUGGUUAAAAGAGGUUUCUUUAAUAGGGUCGCCUUUAGAUCGUACGCUAACAGACCUGUGAUAAUGAGAGCCGUCAUUAUAAGUGCUGUCAUUAUAAGACCUGUCAUUAUAAGUGCUGUCAUUAUAAGUGCUGUCAUUAUAAAACCUGUAAUUAUAAUUGCUGUCAUUAUAAGUGCUCUGAUUAUAAGACCUGGUAUUAUAAGUGAUGUCAUUAUAAGAGCUGUCACCAUAAGACGAAAAUUAUGGGUUCUGACUUUAAUACGUGGAAAAAGGAGAUUUGCCAUUUCUAGUAUUGUGAUUGAAUAAUAGCAUCAAUAUCAAAAACAAUGAAAAACUAAAUGUCGUAAACGCUGCCGUCUUCGGAGACCUCUACAAGAACAAGUCCUGGAUUUCUUCCAGUUGUAAACACUGCCUUCUUCUGAGAUCUCUCCCAGACACAAGUCCUGGAUUUCUUCCAGUGAUGUCUAUUUACGUCGAUGCGCCGAUGCACUGGUUUCCUAAUUCCAACCUCGUCGGCUGUAGAGGAUAAUGGCGGUGAACGGGCGAAUAAAUGUGAUUAUCGUAAAAUUACCCUGGCUCCAUCCGGGUUCCUUCAUUGCCAGACAUUUCCAAAUAAUGGCACUUAGAGGAGCCAUGUAAAUAAGGGGGGGAGGAGGAGGGGGUACAUGUUGUGAUGUUGAUCGCCCUACACCCUGCCAGCACAACUCAACCCUAACCCCUCAAAAAUAUUUUUUUUUUAAAUAUGUAAAUAGAUAUAUCAAGACGUGAAGCGACGCCUUUUCUGUCAUCUAAAUUCUAACAGAGUAGCAGAGACCAGAUUCUCUGCAGCUGUUGACAUACGCUGAUCAAAGCUUUAUUCAGCACCUUAUUUUAAUUUCUCAUCUCAUGCCUCGAUGUUGUUGGUUUUUUUUUUUUGGUGGUUUUUUUUCCCGUCCAUUAUCUCCCGUCGACCGAUUCAUUCAACACAAUUUCCAGGGGAGAUGAUUUCCACACAAUAAAUCUAAAUACAUAAAAACAUAUUUUUAAAAACAACAACCGUUAAUGAAGACUUCCAGGCCGGUAGAUUCCCGAGAGCUGAAUGGCCGCGUGCGCCGAACGUUACGGUCCCUGGGGCCCACUCAUGUCGUCAAUGACAUUUUUCACCCCUCCGAUUUUUUUAGCUAACAACGUGCUUUUAAUCCAAAAGAUUGUCUGCAUAUCUACAGCCACUUUAUCUUCGUACUGGGGCCCAGCUCAUGUCUGAGGGAUGUCCGGACCGUGCCCUGGCGCCGAUGAUGUUGAGAGGCCAUGCGAAGAAAGAAGAGAGGGGGUGGGUGGGAGGGGUGUAUAGCGGAGGAAAAUAAGAAUUUAUAAACAAUUGCCGUUACAGGAAACAACGGACAUGGGUCAAUCAGAUACAGGAUAGUGAGUCUCCCAUUUGUUAAAACAAGGAAUGCAGCAAGGCUCAUGAGAAGUAUGCGUCAUUUGGUCACGAAUUUACAAGUUUUCACAGACGCCAAAGUAGGGAAGAAAAGUCAGUCCCAGAGUCGUGAAGAAAUCUCAGUCCCAGAGUUAGGAAGAAAUCUCAGUCCCAGAUUCAGGAAGAAAUCUUAAUCCCAGAGUCAGGAAGAAAUAUCAGUCAAAGAGUCAUAAACAAAUCUCAGUUCAAAUGUCAUGAAGGGUACAAAUGUUAGUCUCAGAGUCAGAAAGAAAUUUCAAUCCCAGAGUCAUGAAGGUUCGUGAGGUAAAAAUCUAUGUCUCAGAUUCAGAUCUAUGUCUCAGAUUCAGGAAGAAAUAUCAGUACCAGCGUCAGGAAGAAAUCUCAGUCCUAGAGUAAGUGAGAAAUAUCAGUCCCAAAAUCAGGAAGAAAUCUCCGUCCCAGAGUCAUGAAGAAAUCUCAGUCACAGAGUCAUGAUGAAAUCUUAGUUCCAAAUUCAUGAAGGUUUGUAAGAAAGACAUCUUAGUCUCAGAGUUAUAAAAAAAUCUCAGAUCCAGAGAUAGGGAAAACUCAAGCCCACAGUCAUGAAGAAAUGUGAGUUCCAGAGUCAUGAAAGUGUGUGAGGUAGAAAUCUUAGUCUCAGAGUCAAGAAGAAACCUAAAACCCAGAUUCAUGAAGAAAUCUCAGUCCCAGAGUCAUGAAAGUUGGCGAGGUUAAAGUCAUGUCCCAGAGUCAGGAAGGUUGGUGAGGAGAAAUCUUAGUCCCAGAGUCGGGAAGGUUGGUGAGGAGAAAUCUUAGUCGCAGAGUCAGGAAGGUUGGUGAGGAAGAAAUCUUAGUCGGAGAGCCAGCCAGGAAGGUUGGUGAUAUAGAAAUCUUAGUCCCGGAGUCAAGAAGGUUGGGGAACUUGAAAUCUUAGACCCUGAUUCACGAAGGUUGGUGAGGUAGAAAUCUUAGUCUCGGAGUCAGGAAGAAAUUUCAGUCCCAGAGUCAUGAACUUUUGUCAGGUAGAAAUCCUAUUCUUAGUGUAAUAAAUAAAUUUCAGUUCCAAAUUCCGAAAAAAAUCUGAGUCCCAGGGUCAUAAAGAAACAAUUGUCCCAAAGCCAUGAAACUUGGUGAGGUAGAAAUCUUAGUCGCAGGGUCAGGAACCUUGGUGAGGUAGAAAUUUUAAUCAGAGAGUCAGGAAGGUUGCAGAGGUAGAAAUCUCAGUCGCAGAUUCAGGAGGGUUGGUGAGAUAGAAAUAUUAGUCGUAGAGUCAGGAAAGUUGUUGAUGUAGAAAUCUUAGUCCCAGAGUCAGGAAGGUUGGUGAAGUUAAAAUCUUAGUCACAGAGUCAGGAAGGUUGGUGAGGUUAAAAUCUUAGUCCCAGAGUCAGGAAGGUUGGUGAGGUUAAAAUCUUAGUCCCAGAGUCAGGAAGGUUGGUGAGGUUAAAAUCUUAGUCCCAGAGUCAGGAAGGAUGGUGAGGUUAAAAUAUUAGUCCCAGAGUCAGGAAGAUUGGUGAAUUUAAAAUCUUAGUCCCAGAUUCAGGAAGGUUGGUGAGGUUAAAAUCGUAGUCCCAGAGUCAGGAAGGUGGGUGAGGUUAAAAUCUUAGUCCCAGAGUCAGGAAGGUUGGUGAGGUUAAAAUCUUAGUCCCAGAGCCAGGAAGGUUGGUGAGGUUAAAAUCGUAGUCCCAGAGUCAGGAAGGUUGGUGAGGUUAAAAUCUUAGUCCCAGAGUCAGGAAGGUUGGUGAGGUUAAAAUCUUAGUCCCAGAGUCAGGAAGGUGGGUGAGGUUAAAAUCUUAGUCUCUUCAACAUUUUCCUUUAUAAUUUGCAGUGAACGAAAUUCAGCUUCAGUUACCCAUUCGUCUCGUGUCGAUUGGUGACAAGAUCACUCCCCCCCCCCAGUUACCCAUUCGUCUCGUGUCGAUUGGUGACAGGAUCACUCCCCCCCCCCCAGUUACCCGUUCGUCUCGUGUUGAUUGGUGACAGGAUCACUCCCNCCCAUUCGUCUCGUGUCGAUUGGUGACAGGAUCCCCCCCCCCCCCCGCCCACCCCAAUUCCCCCGGGCCACACCAUCUUGUCUAGUGCAGUUCCAACUGCAAGUUGUAGCUCCCGGUUGGACAGUCCUGUUGACAAAUUAAACACCCCCAUUGACCAAAAUGCUUCCAGUUACACUAACAUUUGAGGGGUGGGGGAGUUUGUUGGUGUUAUUCCCCCCCCCCUCUCUUUUUAAAAUUGCCUUGGGGGUCGGCUUCCUAGAAUGACAUUUUUCAGACUUUUGCUGGUUUCAAGAGUUUAUUGGCUUAGAGCAGUGGUUCUCAACAAGUGGGUCGCGACCCUUUUGGGUAUCCAUCGACCCUUAGACUGGUGUCGCCUAAGACCAUCGGAAAACACAUAUUUAUAAAGUAGCAACGAAAAUAAUUGUACGGUUAGUUGGGGGGUGUCACCACAACAUGAGGAACUGUAUUAAAAGGUUGCGGCAUAAGAAAGGUUUAGAACUGCUGGCUUCGAGAGUCAUGAGUCUGCAUUACAAUGAGAUUAGCAGGCGAUGAUGGACCCUGACAUGCUGAUUUCAAGACUCCUAAAGUGGGAUUGACACAGCUCAAGGUGACAUUUGAGCUCGACAAGAGAGACGCAGACGGAGGUGGGCGUGGCCUGACAUUAGAAGUCCCAUUUUUGUUUAGUGCGCUUGGCAUGGUGGUAAUACAUUUCAAGUUGACGUGCUUGUAAUGUAGCUACUGAUGCUUCUGCUGCAGAUGUACUUGGAAAUAAAAAUAUUGUAAACACAACUCCCCUCCCACCUCCCCGAAAUAUGUAUAUAUAUAAACAGAGAGUAUAUAUAUAUAAACAGAGUAUAUAUAUAUAUAUAUAUAAACAGAGAGUAUAUAUAUAUAAACAGAGAGUAUAUAUAUAUAAACAGAGAGUAUAUAUAUGUAAACAGAGAGUAUAUAUAUAUAAACAGAGAGUAUAUAUAUAAACAGAGAGUAUAUAUAUAUAUAAACAGAGAGUAUGUAUAUAUAUAAACAGAGAGUAUAUAUAUAUAUAUAAACAGAGAGUAUAUAUAUAUAAACAGAGAGUAUAUAUAUAUAAACAGAGAGUAUAUAUAUAUAAACAGAGAGUAUAUAUAUAUAUAUAAACAGAGAGUAUAUAUAUAAAAACAGAGAGUAUAUAUAUAUAAACAGAGAGUAUAUAUAUAUAUAAACAGAGAGUAUAUAUAUAUAAACAGAGAGUAUAUAUAUAUAAACAGAGAGUAUAUAUACACGGAGGCGUCUCUAGGGUUGGUGUCGACUCCCUCCGGACUCCCCCACCCCACUUUUUUCCUCGUCCUCCCCCUCUCCACCCGGACCUGCAACGAAUAGAUCUUGACCAGAUCUCCUCCCCCUCUCCGCCCGGACCUGCAACGAAUAGAUCUUGACCAGAUAUACAGAAAUGCUUACCUGUUUGUAUUAUUUUUUAAAAAUUAAAUUCCUUUACGUAAGAAAAAACAUAAGGAUCAAACAUAGAAUAUGAUGUCAUAUGAUGCGUUUUUAAAAAAUGCAACAGAUUCUAUGUUUUAAUUCGGACUUUUAAUCUUUACAUUAAGCACUUUAGUUUCCUCGUCGUCAAAGUUCAGGACAUAUCAAUCACUUGACGAAAUCAACAAGUUUCACUAUAUCACUUGUAUCAAUCACUUGACGAAAUCAACAAGCUUCACCAUAUCACUUGUAUCAAUCACUUGACGAAAUCAACAAGCUUCACUAUAACACUUGUAUCAAUCACUUGACGAAAUCAACAAGUUUCACCAUAUCACUUUUAAAUGACGAAGUCGCAAAGACGAGAAAUUCUAGAAUGUAGAUUCAAGGGCGUAGGAGCUGGGAGCGAAUGGGGCGCCCCGCCACAGAUUGCGCUUAUUCUCUUAUUUGGAGCGACGCCCUUAUUUAGUGCCGCCAUUCGCACCCCAUUAGACCAAUACUAUUCGGAUGUCAUUUGUGGUAGUUAAUUUAAGAUAAACUGAAGAAGUAAGUUUACAAACACAUAGUCCAUUCAAUUAUCUUUCAUUUGAUACCCCAUUUUUGUCUUACCAACAGAACAAUAAUAUUUUAAAUAGUUUUUUUUUACUCCCAACCUCUCACUUCUGGUACCCGGGUGCGAAUAGUCACUUCGAACUAAAAAUGGUAAUGAAGCCUUGUUUACACCUGACGCGGUAUGAAACAUUGAAAACUUGCUCAGUGCGGCAGAUGGCUAGGCCACGUGUGUCUAAUUUUUGUUAACACAAAUUGCCAAACCCGCGUCUUAUAUGCGGGUGCGUCUUAUAUGCGCGAAAAUACGGUACACUUAUUUGAUUAGUUUUGGGACACUAAAAUACGGUACACUUAUUUGAUUAGUUUUGGGACACUAAAAUACGGUACACUUAUUUGAUUAGUUUUGGGACACUAAAAUACGGUACACUUAUUUGAUUAGUUUUGGGACACUAAAAUACGGUACACUUAUUUGAUUAGUUUUGGGACACUAAAAUACGGUACACUUAUUUGAUUAGUUUUGGGACACUAAAAUACGGUACACUUAUUUGAUUAGUUUUGGGACACUAAAAUACGGUACACUUAUUUGAUUAGUUUUGGGACACUAAAAUACGGUACACUUAUUUGAUUAGUUUUGGGACACUAAAAUACGGUACACUUAUUUGAUUAGUUUUGGGACACUAAAACGCAAGAUCCUAUAGUCUAAUGUUUCUACCCUGUUUAAUGCAGAGCUGCCCUCUAUCUCUUGCCCGUAUGCGUCGGAAAAAGAGACAUGGGAAAGCUUGAAGGAUAUAGGGGGGGGGGAGGGGGAGAUGAGGGUCGGGGGAGGGAAGGCGAGGGUCGGGGGAGGGGAGGCAUUUCAAAAGAGGUUUUCCGCAAUAACAUUAUACAGCAAACAGGACAACCAAACGAAUUGUAAAAAGAAAAUUUGCUUCAAAGUAAGUUGACAGCAACUUGAGCAGGUAACACCGGUCUCAAUCACUAAAUCAAUCAAUCAAUCACUCAAUCACUCAAUCAAUCACUCAAUCACUCAAUCAAUCAAUCAAUCAGUCAAUCAAAUCAAAGUAAUCAUUAUGUGAAAGUAGACUAGACACCUAAGACCUUGAGAAGUGGAAGUUGACCUUGAUGUAGAGACGAAAAGAUGUGGACUUAUAGAAAUAGAAUUAAAAUGGAAUAAUGCAAUUGAUAUUAAAGAGAAAUUAUGGGGAUAUGGUUCUUGAACUUCUUCAUAUGAUGUUACGUUCAUGAACUUAUUAAUAUGGCCAUAUGUUUCAAUGAACGUAUUCAUAUGGUGAUCUCGUUCAUGAAUGAACUUAUUCAGCUGGUGAUAUUCUGCUGUCUGCUAAUGUAGACGUAAUAAGUCUGCUGGUGGCAACAGCGAACUGACAUUUUGCCCAACACCCCAGCUUAAAUCACUCACUGGUCCAGGUGCUGAGCUGUUGACGUCAGUAGGCAGAGCACGUGCUGAACAAAAAUUGAGUUGGCGCUCGUUCAUUUCUCUCGUGACCUGUCGUUUGGUCAUAAACUGGCGAACGGCUGAACCAGUCUUCACAGAUGACAGGUCCAGAAAUGGGCAAAUUCCGGUUUUUCACUAAUGUACACAGGACAAGUCUAGAUUGGGCCGAAAUGGUCUUCAGAAAAGUAGAGAAGACAGGACUAGACUGGGCCAAAAAAUAGAUUGUCAUAUGUAUAAAAGCAAUUUAUUUCAAAUAACUUAUUUACUAAAAUUACAAUAAUUACGUUUUCGAGCUUCAGUCGAAAUGUAAGGUCACAAGAGCUCAUGCCCAAUCCUACGGGCUUAUCUGCCUGUGUUUAUAACGCAAUCCUACGGCUUAUGUCUCCGUGUUUAUAACGCAAUCCUACGGGCUUAUGUCUCCGUGUUUAUAACGCAAUCCUAACGCUUAUCUGCCUGUGUUUAUAUUGUAUCUUGUCAAUACAGAGUAUGCGCUCUCUCAUAACGAUGCUUGAGUUUAAGUUUUAUAAAAAAUAAUGUGACUGCCAAUAGUCUACAUUUAUUAACGGGAAUACAUAAUUUCGCCCCGACCACUUUAUAAUUUCAAAUCUCAAUAUCGAGAUUGAUUAUUUCCCCGUAUUGUAUAUUUUACGGCCGAAGCCGGAAAUCGGGCCAAAGUCGGAACUGGCCGGCCAGAUCGGGAAAUAGCCACUAUCGCCUCACAUUGACCGGCCAAUGUCUUAUCUUUUCUUGGUUUCGGGAUUUGGCCAGCCAGUUUGCGAAAUGGCAUGCGGCGAUCGGCCAAAGUCGGAAGAAAAAUGUCAUGAGCAGAUUUUGGGUGUUUGUAGACCGUAAUGAUAACCACAUUUUAUUGAUUAUUAAUUAGACUAAAUUACCAAAACCAGUCAAAUUAGUUUAUUAUAGUAAAUUAUUAAUCUCUAACAUCACUUGUUACAACAAGAUGAACUUUUAUGACAUUUCAAAUUGCACAGCAGUUUGUUAUUUUUGCAUUUGCAGCGAUUUGCCGAGCAUCUGGUAGGGCAUUUGUAUCGAGUGCAGCCUUCCUGCCGGUCAGUGAUUGUGAAGACGCGACCGUUUGUAGUGAUUUUUCUUCUGUGCCCAGCGGAUGUGAGCAGGUUCUCGUGCAGAAUGGACAACUCACUUCUGUUAUACUGUUGUUUGAGAACACCGUGUUCUGUUCCUAAUUUGAAGAAAGCGCCCCCGACGUUCAUGGCAACUGCAAGGACGCUUCGUGGAUCACCUCGACCUCUUUCAACAUAUGGUAUACGGAUGCCUACAUUAUCUCCAACUUUCGCUGGAGGGAAUUUUGCAUCUGACUUUAUCAGCAUCUUGGCGCCUUGAGCUUGUAAAAUAGGAUUAGCCUCUUGUUCCUGAUACUUAUUUUAUUAUCCUAUAUUUGGCAAGUAAUUUUCCCUCCGUACCCUUCGUCUGCUUCAUUACAUAUUCCACAAAUGGCGUGGACAUUGUUGCUGCAGGAUCCCAAAGAAUGGGUUGAACUACACUUUUUUUUUCACACACUGCACAGAGUCUGUUCCCAUUGUUAUUAGUCUUGCAUCAGCACAUCGAAUAUUGGCCAGGGAUUUCCCGGCACUUCGGUAAGUGGCAGGCCAAAGUAGCCUAUGCACUGGCCAUUUCCAGGACAUCCGAAAUGGGGUCACAUGCCUCAGCCAAAUUGCGAAAUUGCCGGCCAAUUCUGGAACUGGACGAGCUUCGGGCUUUUGCUGUAACAUAUAUGCAUUCACUCGUGAGGGAAGUUCUAAUUAUUAUGAGCUAAGGCAGCGGUUCUUAACCUGUGGAUUGCGAGAUCUUUGGGGGUCGAACGACUCUUACACAGGGGUUGCUUAAGACCAGCGUGAAACAAAUAUGUUUGAAGUAGUAAAGAAAAUAAUUUUAUGUUGGGGGGGGGGGGUCACAACAACUUGAGGUACUGUAUUAAAGGGUUGUGGAAUUAGGAAGGUUGAGAGCCCCUGACUUAAGGUAAUAGUUACAUGCAGCUUGCUUUAAAAAGUACGAAUAUCCUCUAACUCCCCAAAUUGUUAUGAAAAAUUGUUUUGCACGUAUGCAACACUACAGGAUAUUUCACAUGACUAGCUAAAAUAUUAAAAUAAUUGCUAAUUAAUUACACAACUCUCAUUACUCGUAUUUGGAGCCAAAGCUUCCGAUCCAUCUGCGCAUGAGCAGAUUUUUAUAAUUUUUUUAAAGAAACCACAUCCUUUUGGCAUGUACGUGUUCCUAUUUUUUUUUUGGAGCUACUCUCGAACCUGUAUUCUCGAGCUCAGCUGUUGUAACCAAGGUAAUCAGUUACGUUACUUUAAGGGGGAAGAUAUCUCAUUAGGAUAGAUAAUUAUAUUCUUUCUCAUUAGGCUGGCAAGCAACACAUGGGGCAUGGAAUGGAACCGCAUGGGGGUCGGGUGUGUUUGUGUGUGUGUGGGGGGAGGGGGGGGUUCCAUUCUUCUAAACCUAAAUCUGUACAAACUUAAGGCAGUUUUUUUUUUUUUUUUAUAUAGUGAAAGGAUACAACAUGAUACAACACAUAUUUGGUGCAGGUGAUAUUUUGAGGCAUAUAUAUCAACAUUUACAUAUAAAAUAUAAAAUUUCAGGACUUUGUCGGGGAUACGUGUUUUCAAACUGUUGUUAAAUUGUACGGCAAUUGAACACAAAACAUUCUCAGCCAUUUCAAAUGGCGAUAAAAUAAUGUGUUGCAUACAUACACAGACAGAGAGAAAGACAAACAGAUAAACACAUACAUCCGGGGUGGAAGGGGGAGAGAUGAAUGAUACAAUUUUUAUUCCAAAAUAAUCACUAGUAUCUUUGAAGACAAUAUUUUUCAUUGAUAAUCUUUAUUUUAUAAAGAUAUGGAAUUGGAUGAAUCACCCUGGGACUAAUCAUAUUUCAAUUGGUUACAUUUUCAAAGUGCUGUUGAAUCCCCAAUUACAAGGCACAGUAUUUCUCAUUUUGGGAAUUUAAAAAAAAAAAAAAUUUAUUCGUGAGUUUAGGUGUUUAAAAAAAGAAUCCAUGGGCCGUAAAUGAGAACUCGUCACAAAAGUUUGUGUUUAAAUUUACUGCCCUUUGAUUUUGAACCAUUAUCGAAGUCAAAUUAACGCCACAUUUGCUUGUCGGCAACAUUCAUUUGUAGAGGGAAUGAAGAAAGCCUAGGAACUAAAGAGAUAUCGAAUUGUGUCCCUUUUCAGUAGUCUCCCCUGUGAUACAAAAAUUAUAUGCAGAUUGUCGCCUCUUACACUUCCUGGCACCAGCAAUUUCUUAUCGAAAACAUCAAGAAACGCACUAUUUAUCGCAAUGAGGCUUUUUAUUUUGAGCAAAACCUUUCCAAUGACUCACCACAUGUUUGGGGAAAUUGUCACAGUAACAUAAAAGCUGAGCUCCGUCUUGAUUGUUCACUUGACUUGGCGGUCGUUGCUCUUGUAGAACACGUUCUGUGUAAUUAGUUGCUGUUAGUGUUUCCUUCAGAAAUUUCCUCCCGGGGGUUGGGGGGCACUUCAAAUUUUCGGGGGGGUGGGGGGGCACUUCAGAUUUUUCGGGGGGGGGGCAGUGCCAGCAGUUCAAGUUGAUUUAUUGUUGGACAUAUUUUUGCUCCGGGCGGGGGCCACUUGGCUUUCCAGGGGGGGGGGUGUUUGUGUGGGGUGGGGGGGGGGGGGGGGCAGUGCCAGCAGUUCAAGUUGAUUUAUUGUUGGACAUAUUUUUGCUCCGGGAGGGGGACACUUGGCUUUCCCCAGGGAGGGGGGGCACUGCCCCCUGGAGAUAUAGCUGAAAGAAUCACUGGUUGCUGUCGAUCCAGUCCAAGUACUCUGACACACGUGUGAACACAUCGGGACGGCAACCUGAUCAGCAAGCAUUCAUUAAAAUGUCUUUUAUUGAUCUGCAUCAAUGGUGAUCAGUUUUGAUUACAUUGUACACAUCGUGUCCAUUGUACAUAUCGUGUCCAUUGUACAUAUCGUGUCCAUUGUACAUAUUGAGUCCAUUGUACGUAUUCAUUUUUUCCAGCAAGAUUACUUUAAAACAAAAAUCAACAUCUACUUGUUAGAACGUAUGAAACGAAAGACAUUUAAAUUAUUUCUCAAUUGUAAAAAAAAUCGGCUGUAGUAUAUACUAUAUAAAAUAAAACCUCACUUCCAUUACUGAAAAGAAUACCUCUAAGAGUGAUUAUUUGAUCUUAAAAUAUCCUAUAGAGACCGCUGGUUGUUUCGGACUUAGCGGGAAACAGUUGAAUGUUCACAUACUUCGGUAUUUCUUUUGCGGGAAGGAAUUCACACUCUCUCCAGUUUGCUUUUUAAAAAUGAUAUAAAGCUAUUUAGAUUGAGAUUUUGGAAAACAGUUGUUAUAAAAAAAUGUAUAUCGCGUCAUUUAUGUAGAAUAACUAGAUAAAUAAUGCUGAAAUUGUCCAGUUUGUGACAGGUUUAAUAGAUGAAUAAUGCUGAAAUUAUUCAGUUUGUGACAGGUUUAAUAGAUGAAUAAUGCUGAAAUUGUCCAGUUUGUUACAGGUUUAAUAGAUGAAUAAUGCUGAAAUUGUCCAGUUUGUGACAGGUUUAAUAGAUGAAUAAUGCUGAAAUUGUCCAGUUUGUGACAGGUUUAAUACAUGUAUAAUGCUAAAAUUGUAUAGCUUGUGACAAAUUUAAAACAUGAAUAAUGCUGAAAUUGUCUAGUUUGUGAUAUAUGUUUUUGAUGAAUAAUGCUGAAAUUGUCCUGUUUCUUUAAGUUAAAGCUGUUGUGUGCAGAAUAUUUAUUUCCAAUUUGUGUGUCAUCUAGAUUCACCACCACGCUGUAACACAAUUCCUAACAUACGGUAAAAUAUUUCCUAACAAGAACAUGGCUCUAAACAAGUGGAUUUUCAUGGCCAUUGAACAAGGCUCCACUGAUAAGUUUCCACAAGCCAAUAUUAGACUUUUUUUACUGUGACAGUGAUACUGACCGCAACCACCCCUCCCCCCCCCCAAGAUGUUAUGCCAGUUAGGAUGUCCAGAUGGUCGCCACACACCACUGGUCCACCACUGUCACCUGGGCAAGCAUCGGACCUUAAACCCGGCUUCUCUGGUUAGAAGAGUUAUAAUUAGCACUACACUAGUUAUCCUCGAUACGUUUAAGUAGAAUUUAUUAAAAGUCAGAAGGGCUCAAUACCAUCACAGCAGCGAUCUGGGCAACGCGGUCAAGUGAAAACUAAAUAUAGUGAUUUAAUUUCUCACGAUAGAAGGCAGUGCGUAACAAUAUAAGAGAGAAGAUAUAAAAAAAAAGUUAUCUUUAAUUGGCCAACAUGCAACAACCGGACAUCUUAAUCUCGUCUUACAUAAUCAACAGCCGGCGUUUUCUCUGAUAAUUAUGAUGAUAUAAUCAAUGCGAUCAUAAGAUCUAGCCAUAGCCUACACCUCCCUUAAACACACCAUACUUCGUCAUACAUAGCAUUAGAGUCGCUAGCCUUUGUAAACACGGGGUUCAUGUCAAAAAUAGUUCAGGGAUUUCCUAGCAAUCCAACUCUAUGAUCGGGGAAGCUCUAGUAGUUUCUGGAUUUCUUGGAGCGCCCCUUAUUUUGCACACAGGGCAUCAUGCAUUUUUUUUUCUCUUUGAAAUGACAAGAAAAUUAGAGGAGGGUCCGCUGUCAAAACCAAAGAUAUGUACCUCAUAAGUAAACUGUUCAUACGAAAUAUCAGUUCUUGAUAUGUCGGGAAUCUUAAAUAUAUUGUGAGGACCAGUGGUUCCCAGUCUUUGUGACUCGCGGGGGGGGGGGUUGGGGGGGGAGGUGGGCUUUUUAAGGAUCACUUUUUGAGGGGGGGGUGCUGUGUAGGUCUCCCCUAUGUCUUACAGGUUAUGUUGAGUAGUAGUAGUAGUAGCAUUCGUUGUAUGGGAAGGGGAGAGGCCACAGACCCCCUGAGAAGUACACGCGGGGCCCUUAUGGAACCACUGGUGUAAACAACCAUGAAACAUUUUCAAACUACCGACUUCCCCUUCACUGACUCGUUAAGUAACCAUCACGCAUUUUAAAUGCUAGAUUUUAUUUCUUUUCGAUCAGGUCUCACCUAAUUACACACCAACGUUAAAGUGGCGUCGUUUUCUAAAGCCAAGAUUCACCGUCGGUUGGUCACCGCGCAGCCCGCUUCUCUCUGUCGUUCACGUCGUCAACAAUCUCUUCAUUUGAACGGUGGCCAGUCUCGGGGAGGUAAUGGAUUAGAUUAGGGGCCCGGCGCUCAAACAGUGACAACGUCGUGAAAAUGGUCUCAAGUCAAAUCAUAAAACGAGCAAAUGAUCGAGUUACAGCUUCGAAGAACUGAGGGCGCUACAACUGGGGGGAAGGGGAUGUGGGUGGGGGGGGGGGGGCCGGGGGGGUUACAAACUCGGGUCACGGAAAUUGCCUCUUUUUUUAUUAUUUUUUCCCUCUAACAGUGGAUCUCACAGAGGAGAUGUCCUUUUCACUUUAUUUUAGCGGCUUUCUGAAAUAGAAUGUGGAAAUGAUCGAGUUACAGCUUCGAAGAACUGAGGGCGCUACAACUGGGGGGAAGGGGAUGUGGGUGGGGGGGGGGGGUCCGGGGGGGUUAAAAACUCGAGUCACGGAAAUUGCCUCUUUUAUUAUUAUUUUUUCCCUCUAACAGUGGAUCUCACAGAGGAGAUGUCCUUUUCACUUUAUUUUAGCGGCUCUCUGAAAUAGAAUGUGGAUGAUCCCAAAGUACAAUUUUAUUUCACUUAUCUUGAGUGAGUGAAUCUCACAGAAUAUGACUUGUUCAUUUCAAUGAAUCUGGUAAUCACGAUUUGUUCAUUUCAAUGAGUCUCAAGGACAAUAUUAUAUAUUUAUUUAAUUAUGCAAUUCCUAAAGGAUUCCAAUAGAUUGGCUUUUUAUUUUAUUUCCACUUAAUUUCUCAAAACUAAAUAUGUUUAUUUCUUUUCUCUUGAAUGACAACCUACUUCUUGAAAUGACAAAUUACUUCAUGAAUGAUGGCAUACUUCUUGAAUGACGACCUUUUUCUUGAAUGACGACCUACUUUUGAAUGACGACCUACUUUUUGAAUGACGACCUACUUUUUGAAUGACGACCUACUUCUUGAAAGACGACCUUUUUGAAUGACGACCUACUUUUUGAAUGACGACCUACUUCUUGAAUGACGACCUACUUCUUAAAUGAUGACCUGCUUCUCGUUGACCGACGUUUAAAGGAGAAUUUAGUGCGUUUUCCAACAUUGGGUGCUGACACCCGCGUGGUAGUGGGGGGGUGGGGUGGAGGGUCCACAAGGUGUCAUUUAAGGGCGGGAAAGCAACAUUGAAAAUGAAAACAAAUGGGUAAUUUAAAAUGGUAUCACCUUAUUUUAAUAUAGAUGUUUAAAAAGCUCAUCACAUCUGAACCCCCUUUUAGGAAACCAUGUAAUGGAAGUUAACGACACCGACGAGUCAUGUUGUCUGAUAUUUGGACUUGUAUGAGAAAUGAAACCAAGCGUUGUGACAUGUUAACCAUUAUCAUUAAUUUGACAUGUCAUUUGUUUGAGUUUAUGACAUAUCAUCUAUAGUCUUGCUAUGAAGUGAUUUUCGUUGCACCCCACCUUAACAUUUUCCGCCCUAUUUCUCCUAUUAAUCCUAAUGUAGUAGACAAUGGAUGACUAAGGCAUCGUUAAAUAAGUCCUGACAUUACCAAUCCCAGCUGUUCGUAUGGUUCACGUCUGCUCAUCAUAAACACGAACUUCAACAACGUUACGCUGCCUUGCCUGAGGCGAACGAUUGAAAUAGUCGCUGAUUUUAUACAGGGAUUCUAAUUCCUUACCUACGCAAGACCCCCGCGCCAUUAUCAGACCCUGCAGCCAGCACGAAAAGAAGGUACAGCAGGAAAUAGUGGCUGAUUUUAUACAGGGAUUCUAAUUUCUUGUCAACACAAGACUUCACGCCGUUAUCAGACCCUGCAGCCGGCACGAAAGAAAGAAGGUACGAGCGGUAGCAGAUCAUUUCCUUGCCCCCCCCCCCAGAAUUCCCCUGUAAUGACGAAAUUUUCCAGUUUCUAAAAGGCAAUUUCCACGUUAUUGAUUUAGUGUUAUGAUUGUAUCUUCGACGAGCAUCACGCGAGUCUUAACAUGUCGGUAAUUCAGGGAGAUCGAUGACGUUUUGGACGAGCCCCCACCCGCAUCCAUCUACACGGCCUUGAAUCUGAAUCUCGCAUCCAUCCACACGACCUUGAAUAAGGAGAAAAAAAAAAUCACAAACUUCCAAAAAUAUUAAAAAGAGUUUUUAAAAAAAACAACAACCUAUGACGCUUUAAAAAAAACAUGAUUCAUAAGACAUCAAUGUAUCGGUCCGUUUCUUCAUCAAGUUGUUCUUCACAGCAACACCAGCGUUGAAUCAAACACAAAUUCCUGGCACUUUUUAAUCCCUGUUUAGCUUAUCCAUGCUUUUAAUUUUCCCAACAGAUGUUUUCUUUGAUGGAUUGGGAUUGCUUCAAUGUCCGUACUCAUAUAAUUUACACACAAAAAAAAAAUAUUUCCAUUUCUAAGAAUUAGAUAAUCAAAUAUUAAACAUGAAGUUUUUUAAUUAUAUGAAACGGGCAAAUAAUUAUAUGAAACGUGCGAAAAUAACAUGGAACGGGCAAAUAAUAAUAAGAAACGUGCAAAUAAUUAUAUGGAACGUGCAAUUAAUAAGAAGAAACGUGCAAAUAAUAAUAAAAAACGUGAAAAUAUGAAAAAAACCUGCAAAUAUUAAUAAUAAACCUGCAAAUAAUUAGAAGAAACGUGCAACCACUCAUGAGACAAUCAAGAAAUUGCUUUAUCAUUACAGUUAGCCUUUUUUCUUGUAUCUGUGAAUAUUGGUCAGUGCACUUCUCUACACACUUCAAUGCACUUCACUAUACAGGUCAAAGCACUUCUCUAUAAAGCUCUAUGCACUUCUCUAUACACUUUUAUAAUUAAUAUUUACAGCACUGUGUACUUCUUUGUACAAAUUAAUUUAUUUCUCUAUACAGGUCAAUGUACUUCUUUAUAAAGGGUCAAAGCACAUCUCUAAGUAUUAAUUUGAUGCACUUAGUUAAUAUAGCCAAUACAUUUCACACUUCUAUGAUGGAUACAAAGAAAUAAACUUAGGGGCAGUGACGAUGGCAGCCAUUUGUCUUCAAGACACAAUUGUGUAACUUAUCUGAAAGUCUCCGUUUGAAGAACGAAGUUUGACCUUAGUGGUUUAUCUACUGUUUCACAUUCAGCAGAUCCACCCAUCAUGCAGACAUUUCAGCAGAUCCACCCAUUACGCAGACAUUUCAGCAGAUCCACCCAUCAUGCAGACAUUUCAGCAGAUCCACCCAUCACGCAGACAUUUCAGCAGAUCCACCCAUCAUGCAGACAUUUCAGCAGAUCCACCCAUCACGCAGACAUUUCAGCAGAUCCACCCAUCAUGCAGACAUUUCAGCAGAUCCACCCAUCAUGCAGACAUUUCAGCAGAUCCACCCAUCAUGCAGACAUUUCAGCCGAUCCACCCAUCAUGCAGACAUUUCAGAAGAUCCACCCAUCAUGCAGACAUUUCAGAAGAUCCACCCAUCAUGCAGACAUUUCAGCAGAUCCACCCAUCAUGCCGACAUUUCAGCAAAUCCACCCAUCACGCAGACAUUUCAGCAGAUCCACCCAUCACGCAGACAUUUCAGCAGAUCCACCCAUCAUAUAGACAUUUCAGCAGAUCCACCCAUCAUGCAGACAUUUCAGCAGAUCCACCCAUCAUGCAGACAUUUCAGCAGAUCCACCCAUCACGCAGACAUUUCAGCAGAUCCACCCAUCAUGCAGACAUUUCAGCAGAUCCACCCAUCACGCAGACAUUUUAGAAGAUCCACCCAUCAUACAGACAUUUCAGAAGAUCCACCCAUCAUGCAGACAUUUCAGAAGAUCCACCCAUCAUGCGGAUAUUUCAGCAGAUCCAACCAUCAUGCAGACAUUUCAGCAGAUAUACCCAUUAUUCAGACAUUUAAGAAGAUCCACCCAGUGCGCCAAGUUCCUAAAACAAAUUUGUUGCUAGUCUCCUAGAUCUGAUCUAUUUUCGUGAUCGCCAUAUCGUCUCCAAACUCUAAACUCCAAACUUUAAACGCCAAAAUAUUAUAGUCCUUUACCACGGUCAUACGAUGCACAUGCGUGACAUCAACACGGGCGCUAAAUCGCGGAAGUGCUUUGUUGAGGUGAAUUGGGAAACAAAGAAUUCUCUCCCUUGGCGGGCCAAAAAAAAAGGGGGGGUGGGGGGACUAUCUAAGACAGCUUCAUCUUCUUUGUGGCAUCGACUCAAAGUGCAAAUGUGAUGUUUCCAUAAACGUUUACAUUGUUCUUUAUCUCGUAAUGGAUGUCGAGACGGUCAAGCCUAGGGUCAUCGGAAAGGCCCCCUUCACCACCCCACUCGCCACACAUCAAAGUUGGCGCUAUUGGGGAAGAUCGAGAAAUGAGUAGUUACGAUCAACUGUCGCGUACCCAACAAUGUGAAACAUGCGUCAGUCACUUCAAAAAUUUGCAUUUACUACUCUUAAAAAUUUAAAAAAACAACUAGGAACUGACUGUUCACUGACAGACUGUUCACUGACAGACAGAUCACUCAUCUCAGUAUCAACAUACCUAUGAGGCUGUAACUGAUUCAUUUUAAAAUCAAUUUCUCCAAACCCGAUUAUAUUGCAGAUUUGAACUUUGUAUAGAGUUCAAUGUCAAAUAAAAAAAUUUAAAAAACAACCUAAACGGAAAUGUAACAAGAACUUCUUUAAAAUAUAUUAAAAAUGCAGUUAGCGUGUGGGGAAAGAGGAGUGGGGCAUUGGAAUAUUAAUAUGGAUCAGGGGCGUACAGAGGAGAGGAAAACUGGGAAGGGGUUGAAUUAGAAUUAUCAAUUUCUACACGAUGAAAUGUGGAUAAGAUAUGAACUUUGGUUAAGAUUUUUAUUUAAACAUAAAUACCUUGACCUUGACCUUGACUUUUGUUUUUUACAUUAACGAAAUUAUGCCGUGAACUAUUUUUUAAAGGGGGGCGGGGUGGGGGUCUUAGAAUAUAAAUAUAGUUCAAUAGCGUGAAGAACGUGUGUGGUGGCGUACGUUAAAAAAAAAAGUGGGGGGGGUGGGGGAAACCAGCGGCUUCUAUUAAUGGUUAUUAAAACCUCAUGAAAUAUGUCUGUGGGGGUGGGGCUGUAAUUUUUUUACCCAGGCAGCAUAAGCUGCGCUUUUCCCUCACCCUUCCCCCCCCCCCUCCAGAAUGGGAGUUUGCAUUAUACAUAUAUAUAUAUAUAUAUAUAUAUAUAUAUAUAUAUAUAUAUAUAUAUAUACAUACACACAUAUAUAUUAUAUAAUAUAAAUAUAUUUUAAACUUAAUUUUUUGCUUGUUUAGCAAACACAUAUCAGAGGCGAGGAAACAGGGUGUGUACAUAGUUGUGUGGAUGACGUUCUCUACAAAUGCGAUGAUGUUACAGUCGCUUCUUUUAAAACUAUACAUUGUUGUUGUUGUUGGUUUUUUUCACCAAUGGUGGAAGUUACAGUUCAAGGACGUUAACACAUUUUUGGCACAUAUCCAUCCAUCCAUGUGGCGCUACAGCCCAUGUAGGGUUUUGCCCUGCCUCACCACUUCCUUCCACUCAGACCUAACUAAUGUCUUUCUUUUCCAUGCUUUGACUUUCAGCUGAUGUAGACCUUUUUCUACAUUAUCUAUCCACAUAAGCCUAGGUCUGCCUUUGAGCCUUUUUCCUCUGGGGUAUUGGUGAUGCACCCUCUUCGUUCCUCUGUCAUUUGGCAUUCUCUCUAAGUGUCCUGCCCAGCGUAGCCUGCCUCUUUUUAUUUCUGCUACUAUCGUGGGAUCCUGAUAUAGACUGUAUAAUUCCUGGUUGGUUCGUAUUCUCCAUCCAUAUUAAAUCCUUUGUCACAUAUACAUAAGUAUAGUCAUGACCCGGAACUGAAAGGACUUUGAGAAUAUUAAAAUUAAAUUAUUGUGUAACUAUUUAACAAUGUUACUAUUUUUUUGUUCUUACAUUUCAAGGGCGGUUGGAGGGGGGGNUCUUGUUACACUGUUCUUGUUACACUGUUCUUGUUACACUGUUCUUGUUACACUGUUCUUGUUACACUGUUCUUGUUACACUGUUCUUGUUACACUGUUCUUGUUACACUGUUCUUGUUACACUGUUCUUGUUACACUGUUCUUGUUACACUGUUCUUGUUACACUGUUCUUGUUACACUGUUCUUGUUACACUGUUCUUGUUACACUGUUCUUGUUACACUGUUCUUGUUACACUGUUCUUGUUACACUGUUCUUGUUACACUGUUCUUGUUACACUGUUCUUGUUACACUGUUCUUGUUACACUGUUCUUGUUACACUGUUCUUGUUACACUGUUCUUGUUACACUGUUCUUGUUACACUGUUCUUGUUUUUACGUGUUUUACGAUUUUGGGCAACUCAUUCUGUCAAGCGCGAGGCAAAAUUUUUGGUACAUUUUUAAUGCAUAUAACUAUUUAUCUAAUAAUAUUAAAGAUAUUUAAACUGUUAAAUAGAUAGAUUUCUUACAAUUAAGGACAUAGAUGUUUUUACAACUUUUUCGAAAAGAAAUAUUUUUUGCUUUGUAGUUUGUGGGCGUAAAAAGAAAUUGGGUUAGGCCUCCAUUGUAGUGAAGAUUAAAAAAAAAAAUAUUCAAAUACCAUAGAAUCGUAAAUAGCUAUGCAUUGAAACUUCGUUUAUAAUAAGAAACAUUUGCUUUAUUAUUUCCUAAACAUUCAUUACAAAGGCGUAAAAAAAAAGUCGUAAUUUGUUUUGAUUCAGUUACAUACGUAAAAAAUAAGAUUUUUAGAUGUUGAAACCUUGAAAGUAGAAAAUAGUGCAAUAUGCCUUCCAUAAUUAUCCGGGUAGCACCGGGUCAUAUUUUCUAGUGUGCAAAUAAAUUCCUUGUCAUGUGCAAGGUGUUCCCUCUCUAGAAGUCAAUUUCUGUUGAAAUUUACCCCCCCCCCCUCUUCCCCCAUUUUUCAUUAUAUCAAUAGCCAGAUGCUGAAAGUGACCAGCCCGAAACGUGACAUAACUAUAGAUACAAAACAACUAAAUCUAAUCCAUCCUGGUUUAUCACCUCGGGCUGUUGUGUCCCCGGAUGUGAGGGUUAUCACGUGGCUAUGAAUAGGUUAUCUUCAGCUCGUUGUCAGUGACUGAUGAGAAAUACAUUGACGACAUUAUGGGGACUGGGGUCAUCGUUCUGUACGGAUUUAUGUGUCAUCGAUGGUGAGGUUGGAGGGGGCGCUAAGAGAAAGGGGGGGGGGGACUUUUCUUUUCUAUAGAGGGGUAAUUUUUUUAAAAACUCUACAGAGGGUUGUUAUUUUUGGCAAACUGCAAAGCUCUUGCCGCCCUCAACCCCCCCCCCCCCCCCCACACCCUGGGUCACCACAAACCAUUGCCACGGCACUUUGUGUCCUCACAGAAGCACUGUACUACGUUUAGAUACACAAAAAUAUAUUACAGCGAUGGUUAAAUUGUGACUUAAAUGCAGUCAUGCUUUGUAGGACGAUUCCCUGUACGUGACUUGUGGAUUGUUUAAUGACUAUUAAAGUUGUUUUGAUGUCACAGCUUCUUGCUGGGNCAGUGUUAUAUUAUAAUAGUAUGUGUACAGGCGUCUGAAAAUGGGGAUAGAGGGGGCAAUGCGCUCGGGGGGGGGGGGGUUGUUUCCCAGAUAUAGAGGGGCAUCCUUUUUUUGGACAACUGAGUAGUUUUUGUUUUGGAUGGGCAAAAAUCUUUCCCCGCCCCGGGCAGCACCCUACCCUACUAUCGGAUGAGGUCACGUAAUAAGGAGGGCGUAACAAAGCGUCACAUACGACGGAGGGCGUCACAAAGCAUCAGGAUAGAAGGAUGGCGUCUCAAAGCGUCUUGUUAGAAGGAUGGCGUCUCAAAGCGUCAUGUUAGAUGAGCGGCGCCUGAAAGCGUCACAUUAGAAGGAUGGUGUCAUAAGCUUCACAUUAGAAUGCUAUUAUUUGAACAAAGGGUUCUAACAUGAAAUAUAUUCACCAAAGAUAAUGCCCAAUAUCAAAUUGAAAUGGCACCAUUCCAUGUUUGUUUGUCUUGAUCAAAUCUUGCAACUCAAUUUUGACCCUUUUCCUGAUGUCCGAUCGAGCAGAAACUUUAGACAUUGCACUUGCCCACCCCGAUAACAGUACAACCCUUUAUGAUCGGCAAGCGACUGAUGACCUCCACUGACCCUUUAGUGACCUCUGCGGGUCGCAACUUGCAUCCCAACAAAGAAUUAUUCCUUUCAAUUUAUAGAAAUUCCGUUGAAAAAUGUGUGAACGGCUGCUGCCACAUUGUCUGCUGGCGCAUGAAGUAGCGAGAUGAUUAUGUAAAACCUCUGGCAUUAUUUACAGUCGUGAACCGGGGAGGGGGACCUUUCCCCAGUAUUCUGUGUAUACAACUCAUACUGGGUGUCAGGGUCCAUCAGUCGUUCGUCCUGUGUCUCCGUUACAAUCCGGUUAAGUGAGUAUUGUCUAGCAUCGACCGCCAUUACGUCACAGAUGUUCUGCUGCCUCAUUGCUAUGGUAUGGGCCAGUGGACGCGCUCCCCUUCCUUACCGAGUUCUUAUACGGUAGUUCUGAUCCGAAACAGCCAGUUAGGCAAUAGUUUCAAAUAACAUUCCACUAGUGUAAGAGCAGGCAACCCUUCUUUAUGCAGAAAGAUACAUGGAAAUCUUUUUCUUUUUUGUUUUGGUGGGCCACAUAAUUAAUACAAUUGUCUAAAAACUUGCUACUGAGUUCGGUUCGUAUAUAAGCAGUUCAAUACUGUUGACUUUUUAAAAGUUUUUGCUGUUAUAUUGUGAUUACAGUUUGAUGAGUUUAAACUGCGAAUGCUAAUUUUCAAAGGCGAUGGCAUCAAAUGAUAUGAAACUUGUGGAUUUCACUCAAACAUUCAUCAAGUUCUCCGACAGGUCUCGCGUGCCGCAUUUAACCUGAACUAGUGGACUAACGCGUGGAAGGCUAUCGAAGAUCGAUAACGAUGUGAAACGAUAAUUGGCGACACUGAACUGUAGCAAGGAAUGAGUACGCCAUAGAUGGAGUUUGGAAACAAUUUGGCUAGGAAUAUGUACACCAUAUAUGGAGUUUAUAAAAAAGGUUUGUCUGUGGGGGUGGGGCGAUGGGGUUAAGCACUGGUUUUUAUAGGGUGCAUAUCGAGCAGUGGGGUGGGGGGUGGGUCUCACAAUUGGACAAAUUAUGCGUAAAAGUAAAGCACUUUAUAAGAAUCCCAAUUUUUUCCCCCCUCCCACAACUCUUAAGUCUCUCACCGCACAUUUUUUUUUUACACGCCCCUGAGCUAUAUUAAUAUUCUAAUGUCAAACCCGCUUUUAGACCACAGAUUUAUGACACCUCAUUUUUCCGUAAAGCAAAAGAACAUGUUAGGUCUACGCACCAAACGAACUUGCACUAGUUUUAAAGUAUCUCAUUUAGCGGAGGAUUUCCUUUCGUUAAAUCAGUGGCAUCUGAGAGCGCUGAAACUGAUUUUUUUAGGUAUGCAGCCAGGGGCUGAACAGUUGAUAGAAUGUGAUGUCUGUGGAAACAAGACUAUGUGAUGGAAGUGGGUCAUUUCGCCUUUUGAAGAUUUUGCAACAAACCCUAGAAAGAAAAAAACACACGAAAAAAACAAAGGAUGUUACAAAUCACCAGCAUAGUGACAUCAGUUGUGGAUUACUGCAUCGACGUAUAUAGUUUGAUUAUAGCGCAAUGGCCAAAUAGUUACUCCCAUGUUCCUAUUCAUCAAACAAAUGUAGUCUAACUUAAACCAAUUUUGUUGUUGUUGUUGUUGUUUUUUGUUUUUUUAAAUGUGAAUACCUUCAGCCGGGUAGAGUCACCCUCGUCACCAGGUCACCUUUAUCACCGAUGGUAAUGUAUCGAAUAUGACCAACGUCCGGCCAGGCUGACACUCGACGAAGAUUGUUCCCGGGUGCCGUGCCCAUCCGUUUUCCAGAUAUCACAUCCUGAAUCUGUCACACCGGCCAAUCGACGCCCCGACUCCGCGACGCCAUGGCCGAGAGGUUUCAGAGUACGCUCCCUUUGCUGGACGUCUCGGUAUCGUUAAUGGGAGAUGAGUCGCGUACUAUGGUCAUCGUCAAUGGCCGCCAAUGGACUGGGGAGUUUUACUUCCCUUUUUUUUUAUAAUCACAUUUUUCAUUAAUAAAUAAGAUUAAAAAAAUAAAAAACUUUUUGUGUAAAUAACACAAUGUCAGUUCAACUUUAAUAAUGAUUAGACAGAAUACAAAGGGAUACAAAUGUUUCGGCCAACGCCUAUAUCAGUACAAAAAAAACAACAACAAAAAAACAUGCCUUUGCGUUAAAUUUACAUAAUAUACGUAUACACGUAUCCUACUUAAAAUGAGAGAAAAGAUUAAGAGUGGGCGCAAGUCCUUAACAAAACAAAGCUCAGUAGAACGGAAAGGAAGAAGCUGGAAAGAAAGGAAGUGGAUGGAAAGAAAGGAAGUGGAUGGAAAGAAAGGAAGUGGAUGGAAAGAAAGGAAGUGGAUGGAAAGAAAGGAAGUGGAUGGAAAGAAAGGAAGUGGAUGGAAGUAAAAUGUGAAAACCUAAACAGGAAAAAGAGGAGGCAGCUAUUUAAAAGUGUGGAUCUGGUGUACACCGCAUGGAGUCAAACGAACCAAAUCUUAUUAUUAAUGUAUUUUCCACACAGACUUUUUCUACAUCAAGGUCUAUUAGCCGGAGCGCCGAUUAUCCGAAACGCUGGUUAUUCGAGCUAAAGAACCCGCGCUACAAAAACAAGACACGAAUGCCCUUUAUUCAGAACUCAGUUUGGGUUGUUUUCUCUUUGUUUUGUUUUUGGUGGUUCCAAAAGGACACAUUAAUUAGUCGCAUGUCCUGGAUGUACGUGUGCAUCAGACGUUAAGGGAGUUAAGUUAUUCUAUAGGUAAGAAUCAUAAACUUAUCAGUGGAUCCACUACUAUCACUAUGACAGUAGAUCCAGUACUAUCUAUGACAUCCUGCCCAUCUAUGUUUUUUAAAGGGACAGUAUUUUAUAUUAGCGAUAAAAAGAGAAACAUGAUUUUUCCGUUGAACAUUUUAUCACACUGGAUACAUGACUGGGGCUGAACACUGGAUACAUGACUGGGGCUGAACACUGGAUACAUGACUGGGGCUGAACACUGGAUACAUGACUGGGGCUGAACACUGGAUACAUGACUGGGGCUGAACAGUGUCUAUGCUGACCAUUCACACGAGUACUACGGCUGGACCUUCACACGAGUACUGGGUUAGAGCCACGAUCUUAAAUGACUGUCCAGGACUUCCGCAACAUCGUCAGUUGUCACCCGUAACUGUUCCAUUAUCGUGACUGUUUUUGCUGUGUGUUUAAAUCACGUGAAACUAAGGCGGAGAAAAUAAGAGACGAGUCUGCGUCACACCAAUAAAAGGACCGUAUAACAAGAUUUGAGGUGGGGGGCAGGAGGGGUCCGGGGAGCUGAAGGGGACUACGUGUUGAACAGUGAAGAGUUGUAGAGAGGGAAGCUGCGCCACUGUCAGCGGAGAGGAAUCGAUACCGAGGCGAGGUCCUUGUCUUAAGGGUAUCGCUCUCUUGAGAGUUCCCCGAGUAUUAAUUUAAUAUCUGGGCAAGUUUUCCCCCGACUUGAGUCGGGCCAGUCUCGGUACUUCAACCACAAGUUGGAGAAGUCCAAACAAAUUUAACUCACUUUGAAAGAAAUAUCAACAUUAAUGUUACGCUGCCACGCUGGGAGGAACCAAAAGGACAAGGACAAAAUGUAGCAGUGUUGUAGUUUAAAAUACAAAUAAUUUCAAAAAAAAUUUUUUAGGGUAAAAAAUAUUCAUAGAUUUUUUUUUUUUUUAAACUUGUUUUUUUCGAAAGUAAUGAAAUCAUAAUAAUAAACUUUGGUAGUUUGAAAUUCACAACUGGUGGAAAAUGAUUUUUUUUUUGUUUUUUUUUUUUUGGGGGGGGGGGCAAAGUUUCAAAAAAAUAUACAUUAAAAAAAUUUUUUUUUUUUUAAACUUGUUUUUUGAGAAAAAAAAAAAAAAAUAAUAAAAAACUUUGGUUUUUUAAAAUUAAAAAAUGGUAGAAAAAAAUUUUUUUUUUGUUUUUUUUUUUUUGGGGGGGGGGACACAGUUCACAAGACAUAUACAUUACAAAAAUGGCGCAUUAUACAAAAAUGUAACCUACCAGUUCAUAGAAAUGUUAGUAAACAUGUAAACACAUGUAUUGGAGUGUUUCCAAAUCACUUAUUUUCAAAAUUUAAAAAGCUAAAAGUUUGACCUAAGACUAAGUCUAUGCGCGUUGGACGUUUAAGUUCAGAUCUCUGAGUUGAACGGAAUCUAGAGGAAUUAAGGCGUCAGCGUCAACACGUAUGGCAAAUGCUGUAGAACGCAUACUACAAACUGAAAAUGUUUUUUUUUGCCCCGAACGUUAAAAAAGUCUCCACUGGUGAGGGAUGGGUCAACGCAAAACUCUGUAAUUGAAUAGACCAGUGGUUCUCAACCUUCCUAAUGCCGCGACCCUUUAAUACAGUUUCUCGUGUCGCCACACAAUUAUUUUCGUUGUUACUUCAUAGCUGAAAGGAUAUGUGUUUUCAGAUGGUCUUAGGCGACCCCUGUGAAAUGGUCGCGCGACCCCCAAAAGGGGUCGUGACCCACAGGUUGAGAACCGCUGGAAUAGACGGAUCAUUCUCAAACGCCUCUAAGUGAUUGGCCAGGAGUCGAAUUCUGGUGAAACCGUUUAAAGUUCAAAAUCCUUUCUGAUAUGAGAUAAUUUAGCCUAAUAUUAUAUGCACCAGCAGUGGUAGUAGUUGGGAGCACUCAGCAGUCCCCCACAACUCCGCUCAACAACAUGUCACGUCAUUGAAAUCCUUUCCAUUAAAUAUUUAUAUUUUCCCCUGAAAGAACCGUUCAACAUUCUGUUAUUUGGUCAAGAGAAUGAUAUUAGGUCAAUUGCCUGGCACGGGUUUGCAGACCCGAGUGUUUGAUGUCACGGUCCAUUAGCCACCGCAAGUCUAUGCGAGUGUGAAGAUGAUGUGUCAAUAGUUGACGUGUCGCACUCGUGUCUGUUGGUUGACUCUCCUAGCAUACAAAACUCAUCAUUUAAAAGAAAAGAAGCGUACACAAUAAAAAGUGAAUUUUAAAUUGAGUUCCACCACAUUUUAGUCAAAUUCUUACGGCAAUCUUGAUCUUGUCAAUUUUAAUGUUAAAUUAUUUCAGAUCGACUCCAUAUGAAACAUGAUAUGAAAUAUGAAAUCAAGCAUUCGAUGCCCUGUUUAUCAAUACAUUCGAUGCCCUGUUUAUCAAUACAUUCGAUGCCCUGUUUAUCAAUACAUUCGAUGCCCUGUUUAUCAAUACAUUCGAUGCCCUGUUUAUCAAUACAUUCGAUGCCCUGUUUAUCACUACAUUCGAUGCCCUGUUUAUCAGUAUGAGAACUUGAAUUUAUAUUUCGUGUUCAUUUAAAUUGAAACAAUAAAAUCACGUCUACACUACAGGAAGUCAUUGUUGACGAAUGAAACAUUAAUUUGAUGACACUGUACCAGAGGUUCUUGUGCGGUGAUCACACCUCUCGCUGUGGUUGAAAAGCUUUUAUUUCUCUCGAUUGAAGUAGGGCUGCUAUUUUACAUGUGUUUUUUUUUUCAGUUGUUCUUUAAAAAAAAAUUAAAUAAAUAAUUUAACAAUGUAAAACUGAUUGUAUGAGCCACCCCUGUCGCUAUUAAAUAACUACAUAUGUAUUCACGUUAACUGAUGGCUCAUCAAUACUGCUUUGAACAACCAUGCUGGGCAUGCACAGCCUUCCAGGGCCGUAUUGACAGGUUUGUGGCUGGGCACAUACACAAAAAGCCAUACACUUCAAAGCCGCCAGAUAAGAGCAGUUGAUCACAUACCGAAGCUAAGGGCCCGCUUUCAGAGCCCCUUGGGUCUCGUGUGGCCCAAUACUCUGUAUCUUUAGUCCGUAUAGUUAUAUCAGGCUCUGCAGAGCUCUUCAUAUACACAUUCAAGACAUGACAUCACCCCCUAAUUAAUGUGUAUAACUUAAUGGAUAAGAAGAACAUAAUGUACAAGAUGAACAUAAUGUACAAAAUGGACAUAAUGUACAAGAUGGACAUAAUGUACAAGAUGGAAAAAAUGUACAAAUGAACAUAAUGUACAGGAUGAACAUAAUGUAUAGUAUGAACAAAAUGUAUAGGAUAAACAUAAUGUAUAGGAUGAACAUAAAGUAUGGGAUGAACAUAAAGUAUGGGAUGAACAUAAAGUAUGGGAUGAACUUAAAGUAUGGGAUGAACAUAAAGUAUGGGAUGAACAUAAAGUAUGGGAUGAACAUAAAGUAUGGGAUGAACAUAAAGUAUGGGAUGAACAUAAUGUUUAGGAUGAACAUAAUGUUUAGGAUGAACCUAACGUAUACAAUGAACAUUAUUCACAUAAUUCACAAGAUUCACAUUAUUAACACAAUGAACCCGAUCUAAAUGGACAUGAUGAAACAAUUCACCUAAUUGACAUAACGCAUAUGGUGAGCAUUGUGUCUCAUGAACAUAAGACACAUACAUUAUUACGCACAUGAAAAUGAACCCAUGAAUGUAUUGCACGUGCCUUAAAUGUCUAGCUUGUCUGAACCACCAGGAGACGGCACCAACUACGUCCUGCCCAACUACCGCACCAUUGAGUUGAGGCUGCUGAAUAAAGACUCGUGUCGCAGUGUCUCGUCCUUCACCUCAACUGACACGAGCUUCUCGUGUUCCGGUGCCAUCACGCCGCCCAAGACCAUCUCUCGGUCAGGUAAUCCAUCAUACAGUCAUAGUGUCAAGACCAUCUCUCGGUCAGGUAAUCCAUCAUACAGUCAUAGUGUCAAGACCAUCUCUCGCUCAGGUAAUCCAUCAUACAGUCAUAGUGUCAAGACCAUCUCUCGGUCAGGUAAUCCAUCAUACAGUCAUAGUGUCAAGACCAUCUCUCGGUCAGGUAAUCCAUCAUACAGUCAUAGUGUCAAGACCAUCUCUCGGUCAGGUAAUCCAUCAUGCAGUCAUAGUGUCAAGACCAUCUCUCGGUCAGGUAAUCUAUCAUACAGUCAUAGUGUCAAGACCAUCUCUCGGUCAGGUAAUCUAUCAUACAGUCAUAGUGUCAAGACCAUCUCUCGGUCAGGUAAUCCAUCAUACAGUCAUAGUGUCAAGACCAUCUCUCGGUCAGGUAAUCCAUCAUACAGUCAUAGUGUCAAGACCAUCUCUCGGUCAGGUAAUCCAUCAUACAGUCAUAGUGUCAAGACCAUCUCUCGGUCAAGUAAUCCAUCAUACAGUCAUAGUGUCAAGAGCGUCUCUCGGCCAGGUAAUCCAUCCUUCAGUCAUAUUGUCAUGUGAAUAACUUUAGAGCUCACUUUUUUUACAUCUGAAGUUACUUUAAUAAAUUUUUUUUUUUUUUUUUAAAUAAAUGGUUUCUUUAUAAAUGAUUGGUUUCUUAAUGUGGUAGUGUGUGAACUUAAUGUGGUAGUGUGUGACCUUAAUGUGGUAGUGUGUGACCUCCGCGGGUCAAAUCGUGCAUCUUCAUUUUGACCCACUUCCUCAUCUUCAAAUGAGCUAAAAUGUCAGAUCUGGUACAAACACAUCAUUAAAAGAAAACGUGUGUGGCGCCUAAUGAACUCAGUGUUCAUUGUUUCAGCUCCAUUGGCCACCAGGAAGUGGCUCAUAAUUUAGAUGCAAAUUUUGACAACACACAAGCCAACAAACUGACAGAGCAAAACUAAGCAACAGUCAUACGACAUCAUUGUAUGUCAUGGGCGCCCCACGCCUGUCAUACGACAUCAUUGUAUGUCAUGGGCGCCCCACGCCUGUCAUACGACAUCAUUGUAUGUCAUGGGCGCCCCACGCCUGUCAUACGACAUCAUUGUAUUUCAUUGGCACCCCAAUAGAGACCAACCGAAAGUGAUUUUCUGAUUUCGGCCGAAGCCGAAAAUAGGCCAAAAGUUUAAAAUGACUUUCGGCCGAAACCGAAACUUGGCCGAAAGGGAUAAAAUGGCCACUUUUGGCGCUGAAACCGAAGCCGAAGCCGAAGCCGAAAUUCGGUCGGUCUCUACACCCCAAGUUGUUUUUUUUUAGUCUUAGUAGCUUAAGAAUAUUUCAAUGAAUAAACUCUCUUGAUUCUUAACAAAGUGCAAAGUGGCUAUUCGGACCCGACUGAUCACGUGGGGCCCAUAUUCGGUUGGUCAUGUGACGGUUACUUCCUGUUUGUUGUCGUCGCUUGGUAGCCAUUAAAAUCAACCGAGAGCGGUGCAUAUUUUACCAAGACUUCGUGCAGCGCUGAAGAAACAUAAUGAAGAAUGUGACAUGCUGUACGUUAAAUAAAGCUCAAAGAAAGUAAGGAUUCGUUUAUUUUUAUAAUUUUAGGGUAUUUUUUUUUAAAUUCCAUUUUAAAUCUAGUUCUAUAAUCAUUAACAAGCCAUCAAGAUCAAAGUUGCUCUUUUUUUUUUUGGUGGCAAAUUCGGCUACUGUCUUAUUUGUAAUUGGAUUGUAGUUGUAGUCUAACUUUUUGAAUUUCUAACAAACCCUACUCUUCAAGGAAUUAAAUAUGUGUUACUUGUAAAAAUGGGAUCGAUGUGGAAAUAUGUGUGCUGCAUACCCCACUUUAUCGUUAAAAGAUAAAAAAUAUAGUGUAUAGGCAAUAUAGGAACAGGACAUAUAUGCCUAAUGAAUGGUGUGAUACUGGGUCUGGAUAUUGAAUGCAUGCUUAUUUUCUUUCAGUUGAGAAAAGAGUCGCAAUUUGUGGAUACUCUAAAGUAUGGCAAUGCUAAGUUUGUUUGCCAGCAAGUGGAUCGUACCAAAGAAAGUACUAGCAAAGACAUCUGCCCAAAUCUAAAGUACCGGUAAGUCCUUUUUCCCCUCACGCUCUCUCAGAAUAUUCUUCACUCUGUCAAUAGAAUAGAGUGGAAAUAGACUUAAAAAUGUAAAACAUAUCUGUAUUUAUAUUCUGACCCUGAUUUUUGUACAGUAUGGGUGGCUAUUAUAGAAAUGUAAGAUAAAUGUGUAGUUAUUAUUAUUAUUAUAAGAUUAUAAGUGGUUUUAUAUAGCGUGGUACCCCAGCCUAGGGCUGGGCUCACCGCGCUGUACAUACAAUUUAACAAACAUAAUACAAAUCUGAAAUAAUUGAUUGACAUACAUUAAUUAAUUUUUUUUUAAAAAGGCAUGGAUUUGGCAAGAGUUGUCUCAGUCUCACCCUAAGCGCAGUUUCAGUGAUAACUCUACGAUUUCUCACUGAGUAUCGGAGACAAACGCAUGCAAGAUUAAAAGAGCUAUUUUUAGUGUCGAAAACGAAAUACCUGUAUGCCACUCAAUUAUAUAAUUGUAAUUUUAUCCCUAAUGUAAUAAUAGAAAAAGUCGAUGGAAAAGACAAUCAGUGUUGAUCAGCCUUUCUUUUUUUGUGUGUUCCAGAACAUUCUAGACCGCAUGCCCAGCAUGUAUCAGGGUAAAUCUGGUGGAAGAUGGAGCUGCCUAUAAGAUGACAUUGACCACCUGCAGCCUGAUGCAUGAGAGCCAUCCCACAGGACAAGAGGUAUUAAAAACAAUGUUUUACCAGCAUACAUAGUUGGAUGCAUUUAUUUUGCCAUAAUUACCAUAAGUCACAUUUCUGGUAUAUUUUACUACUGCACUGUUUCUCAUAAGUGUGCAAACAUAUAUACUAAUGUCCAGUUAGAUCUACCAUUAUUCAGUUUUUUGGGUUUAUUCAGUUUCAAUAUGGUAAUUGUGUAAUAUAUUUAGUUUAUAUAGUAUUAUAUUUUCAUCAUAUUAGCGACAUAUUUUUAUCUAGCAUAGAAACACAUGACUUUAGUCUUCAACAUUGUCAGGUGAUUAGAAAAUUAAUCAUUGUAAUUUUUAUUUUAAUAUAUGAUUAGUAAUUUUAAAAAGUUAGAAAAAAUUGUGUUACUUCUGUGUGAUUCAUAUAAAGGGGUUUCCCUAGGUAAUUAACUUAGGAUAGCAAGACAAUGUUUAGGUUAAAUCGGUAAAGGACUAAUUUUUUUUUCUCUCCAGUUGUCAAGAUUAAAUUAGAUUCUACCCUGAAAAUAGGAGGCAAAAAAUGUCAGGACAUCUGGUGGAUGUGCUAAACAUUUAAAAUCAGCAUCGAACAAAGAAAUACAAGAUAUUAUUAUCAUAAUGGAUUGGGAAAUGAUGGGCUGAGACAUUAGACACAAAUUCUGUAACGUCAUAAUCUUGGGCCCAAAGACUUUAGAAAUUAUUGAAUUAUUGGAACUGAUGCUGAUUCAACCCGUUCGACUUACUGAAGAUCACUAUUUCGAUGACCACUCUUAUGAUAUGGCCCAUUUUGAGGGACUUCGAACAUAAAUUAUUAUCCCGAUGAAUGAUGCAAUGAAUAUUUAGUUCUUAAACAUUUUUGUUGCUUGUUACUUGUAAUAAAUAAUAAAUGAUUGAUGCUAAAUAUUCCAUCAGUGUUUCCUUUUCUUGAAUGGUACUGUGAAAGUAUUUUGAUAACUAUAUUAGUUUAAAUUGUAAGUAGAAAACUUACUUAGUAUUUUUUUAGGAAUUUAAAAAAAAAAAAUUUAAUUUAGGGUGACCAAACGUCAAAAAUGGCUAGGACAACAGCCAAAUAUCCUUAAUUUAAAUCCUAAACUAGAGAAAUGGGCCCACGUUAUGGAACCAGCUCCCCUUCCAUAUCCGUCAUUGUGAAACCUCGUCCACUUUUAAAAAGUCCCUUAGAACCGAUCUGUUUAGGUCCGCCUAUGACCUGUGAUGCACCCUCCUUGCCCUGCAUCAUUUUCUGUUUCGGGUUGAUCCUGAAGUAUAGGCCAAAACGUGUCAAAGUGUCCUCGUUUUAUAGCCAUUUUCAUUGUUUCUAUAGUACAGUAGUUACUAUCCUAGUGUCUCAUUUUUAUUUUACUUAGUUUACAUGUUUUUAAUAAUUGUAAAGCGCUUAGAGCUUUAUGGUAAGCGCUAUAUAAAAAUGCCUAAAUAAAUAAAUAAAUAAAUGUAAUUUGUUAUGUUGCAUUAUGCUAUAAAAUAUGUAUAAAUAAAUAAGUUCUUAGCAAAAUUAUUGUUUUCGUUUUUGAUAUGCCUCAGAGUUUAAAUUAAAUUACAAAAGCGAAGGUAAAUUAAUAAAGAAAUUCUACGUCUGAAAAUAGUUCAAAUAACUUAACAUGAGCAGAUUUCAAUACACAGUUUCCGGCGGAGGCUCCCGGACCCCUCUUUAGCUGGAGGGUAUCCCCCCAAAACCUCCUUGGGUGUGUCCCGUUUUUUCCAGUUCAUGAUUUGGUCACCCUUAGUCCAGUUCAUGAUUUGGUCACCCUUAGUCCAGUUCAUGAUUUGGUCACCCUUAGUCCAGUUCAUGAUUUGGUCACCCUUAGUCCAGUUCAUGAUUUGGUCACCCUUAGUUCAUUGCUACAUUCUUGUAAACAUUCCUUGUUGAGAUAAUCAUUGUUGACUUGUUCUUGUCAAUUUAUUUUCACAGCUAAUUGGCAAUGCAUUGUUCCGAAAGAUUUUCAACUACUUUUUAUUUACAUGUGAAAACAUGUGCUGAAAAUUAUAAAUUUUUGCUGUGUAAUUACCCAUUUUUAUUAUAUUUCGUAGGCAGAUUUUUGUUUCAUAAACUUACAUCUGUUGAUUUAUUAUUUAAAAAAUUAACAUGUUCUAAAAUAUUGUGUAAAAUUUGUAAAGAUAUCUUCCGUUUUUUUUUUUAUUUAUUAAUUUUCAAAAAAAAAAUUUUAAGUCGUUAGUAAAUUUUUAGUUGUUGUGAAUAUGCCUUGAUGAAAUAUAUUUUUGUAAAAUAUUUUAUUGUUUUCACCAUUGCCUGAUAAUUUCACAUUGAUAUGCUUUAAAUUUCAUCUUAUUUGACUCCUAUAUUUUAAUAUUGCUUAAAUGACCUACACAAAUUUUUUUUUAUGAACUAAAAAUACUAAAAUGGAAUUUUUGUCACCUUUUAAAUAUUUUUGUAAAAUUCUGCUUCGGUUCAUUUUUGUUUGAAAUAAAUUUGCAUUUACAUUCUUGUGACAACCCUAAAAAACUUGUAUUUAUUAUAAUGGUUGGUUGUGUGUGCAAGAGAUUUGAAAGUUCCAACUAAGUUAUUUUAGAAGAAAGACGUUUCAAAACUACACUUAUGAGUAGUUUUUGUCAUCAAAAAUUACACCCACAGUCUUAUAUCACAGAAAAUGGUUCUUUUUAUGUCACCGAGUCUCAGUCCAGUAUUUUAUUUUCAAUGUGGCAAGGCUCAUUUGCCUUGACCAAACUCCCUUCAAAAAUCCCGUUGUUGCUCCCACUCAAUCAUACUUCUGUCCAUUAAUGCACAAACGAUACAAAGAAUAGUUUACUGUACCAACAGGGAAGGCGAGAAAGUGAAAGGAGACAAAUGGCAAAGGAAGGAUGUGACCCAAUGAAAUGUUGUUAUUGGCUCCAUACUCCAUACUGGCCCCCUAAUUUAUUUGAUGGAUUCCUCGAGGUCACAACUAAAAAAAAAAAAAGUGAAAAAAAAAGUUAAGAAGGUUUUUUUUUUUUUUUGUCUAUUAAAUUUUAAAUGAUGCGCCGGUGUGCUAGACCCAGUAAUCAGUUAAUAAGUCUCUUUCUCAUGCUUUAUACAAUUGCAUUCUUUAUUAAACUACCUUGUGAAAUUAGGUCAAGUAUGAGAUUGAGAUAGAAUAUUUUGAAAGGAGAUUCGAGGAGAUCAGAAAAAAAAAACCCAGUAAUUAUUACUCCCAUUGUCGGGAAAAGGGUUUUCCAAAAAUUGGUGGUUGUGUUCUGAUUUAGUCCAAGCUCUCUUUAGAGGAUAUUACAAUUUUCAAUAUUUUUGAGAAUGCCUAAUUAAUCCAUAAAGUAAUGUGUGAUUAAAUAUUUUACUUAAAAAAUACACAUAAAUAAUCUUAAAUAAAGGAUUUAGUUCUAAUAAUCAAAGGAAUAUUUUUACUUUUCUAAAAUUCUAAGGAAAAUAAAUGUAUAUUUAUCAUCUUGAUUACUACUAGAUUUUAAAAAAAUUUGAUCUACGAACAUAGCUCAAACUAAAAAAAAAACUUAGGAAAAAAACUACCAUCAAUAAGAAAUUUAACAAAACAAAAAGCAAAAAAAAAAAAAAAACAGAAAAAAAUAAAACAAAAAAACUAUGAAAAAAAUUUUCUAAAAAAAAAAAAAAAAAAUAGCACAAACUAAAAAAAAAACUUAGGAAAAAAACUAACAACAAUAAGAAAAUUAACAAAAAAAAAAGCAAAAAAAAAAAAAAAACUGAAAAGAAUAAAACGUUGAAUCUAUGAAAAAAUUUUUCUAAAAAAAAGAAAAGCUCAUACUACUACUUCUACUGUUUUAACACCCUGGUCCGAAACCAUUCAAUCUAUACGGAUCCACUCCGGGUCCGAAUAGCCACUUUGUCUAAAGGGACCCGGGUCCGAAUAGCCGCAUCCAACAAAGUAUUUAUUUUUGUUUUAGAAAAAAAUAAUUUCUGAUUUUGUCUAUGGUAAAAUUAUCUGCCCCCUUCCCCCUUGAAGGUAAUAUUUUUUAAUCUCCUGUGUAAGACAAACUGAAUAUAGUAACAGUAAUAACUCAAACGAGGCCAAUUUGAGACCCCCUGAAAUAAAAUUGCAUAUUUCAGGACAAUAUGAGAGCCCCCAGAAAUAUAAUAACACAAGCCAGGCGUUAUCAAUCAGAUUGGUCAUUUCCGUUUCAGGAACGAUAACCACGCCGCCUACAGGGAGGAAAUCCCUCCGCUCGGCCAAGCACCGUAUACGUCACAGUAAUCCGCAGAAAAUCCGGGAAAACAAGCUGAGAGUCAUUCGGAUGCUGUUCGCGGUGGUCCUCGAGUUCUUCAUCUGCUGGGCCCCCGUCUACAUUAUGAGCACGUGGAUGGCGUUCCACAACGACAGCUCAUUGCAGGUGAAGGGUUGUUAGCACAUGUUAUUCAAUGCCCUUUAAUUUUUUUUUUUUAAAAAGGGGUCAUCUAAAUAAGUUCUGAUGUAGCUGUGGUAGCAUCUGUCAGCUUAUGUUGAUUAGAGUUGCUUAAAAAUAUAACAGAAAGGGGAAAAAGAAAUCAAAGCUAUUUAAUGUUAUCUAAAUGGAUUCUUAUGACGUUGGGUUUACCCCCGUAAAUUCGAUCAAUUGAUGACUUUCAAUUUUAACGUUUGUUAUUAAUAUUUUUAAUGCAUUUAUCUGAUUUUGGAUAUAAGAUUCAUUUCACCCCAAAGCUUAAAUUCAUGAAAGAAAUCUAACAGCAUGAGAAAUUGUUGUUGGGCUAGAAUAUAACUCUUUUCUUUUUUGGGGUGGGGGUAGAAUAUAAUUCCUUUCUCUCCUGGGUGAGGGUAGAGUUUUUUUUUUUUUUGGUUGGGGGGGGGGGGGGUUUAUUAGCCAUGACCCCCCCCCCCUCAACUUUAUUAGUUUUAGCCACAGUUACUUCAGAUUUGGAAGGAAGAAAAAACAUAAAUGAUUUAAUUAUAAAUGGGUCUUGAGUCCAUUUAUAUAAAGAAUACAUUUAUACAUUUUAAAAAAAUAAUAACAAAAGUAAAGGCGAUAAAUAAAACCAAUACUUAUUUUGGAACAAAUUGAUUUUAAGAAAAAUAUUAAGUUUAAAUUUUGAUACCAUAACAUGACGUUUUGGGGCGGAAUUUAUAAUCUUAAACUGCACUGAUUCCAACUCGCGACUAGCUGAGACCAAUCAUCGUUACCGUACUAACAUGUACUUUUCAAAACAGUAUGACCGGUCACCUUAGUCAAAACAGUAUGACUGGUCACCUUAGUCAAAACAGUAUGACCGGUCACCUUAGUCAAAACAGUAUGACUGGUCACCUUAGUCAAAAUAGUAUGACUGGUCACCUUAGUCAAAACAGUAUGACUGGUCACCUUAGUCAAAACAGUAUGACUGGUCACCUUAGUCAAAACAGUAUGACUGGUCACCUUAUUCAAAACAGUAUGACUGGUCACCUUAGUCAAAACAGUAUGACUGGUCACCUUAGUCAAAACAGUACGACUGGUCACCUUAGUCUAAACAGUAUGACCGGUCACCUUAGUCAAAACAGUAUGACUGGUCACCUUAGUCAAAACGGUAUGACUGGUCACCUUAGUCAAAACAGUAUGACUGGUCACCUUAGUCAAAACAGUAUGACUGGUCACCUUAGUCAAAACAGUAUGACUGGUCACCUUAGUCAAAACAGUAUGACCGGUCACCUUAGUCUAAACAGUAUGACCGGUCACCUUAGUCAAAACAGUAUGACUGGUCACCUUAGUCAAAACAGUAUGACUGGUCACCUUAGUCAAAACAGUAUGACUGGUCACCUUAGUCAAAACAGUAUGACUGGUCACCUUAGUCAAAACAGUAUGACUGGUCACCUUAGUCAAACUGCAAAAAAAAACAGCUAUUUUGUCAACUUGGUCUAAUCUUGCAACCUGCCAUUCUCCCCCCAGAUAUUGACUCCGCUGACCAAGACGCUGUUCCAUCUCCUCAGUUACCUGUCUUCCUGCUGUAACCCCAUCACCUACUGCUUCAUGAACAAAAAGUUCAGAGAGGCCUUCUUACGGGUUUUUCAGGUACAUGCGGUUUCUCGGCGUGUUUUGUGCUGUCCGCUCCCGUAUCCCGAAAUUUGAUCGAAGGAAAUUUCGUCGACGGUAAAUUGAUCGACGGUAUUUGAUCGGACGGAAAUUUGGUCGAAUCUUUUUUGUUAUGUUUUAUUUUCAGUUAAAAGUUUGCUUCAAAUUUCUUUUUGAACGCAUUAUUUUGUAUUAAUACAUGGUAUAGUGGGUUAAAAAAAGAAAAUCGACGAAAAUUUUAACGUGUGCACUGAAAAAAAAGUUUCGACCAAAUUUCCGUUGGAUCAAAUUUCCGUCGAUCAACUUACUGUCGACGAAAUUUCUUUCGAUCACAUUUCCGGUAACCGUUUGCUCCAGUCAAGAGAUUUGUGCUUGUUUGUCAGGUGCUCCAUAGAAAAAAAAAGGGGGGGGGGGCGGAACGAAGUGUUCGGAUAUGAUUUAGAAGAGGUUUUUAACAUGAAUGUUACAACCAGCUUGGAGGGUUUUAACAUGAUGGGCAUGUGUGUAAGUGUAUUAAUUUUAUUAGUAAUAAAUAUCAUCCCGGCUUGGCUACUGUAUGAAUACAGAGCCGCCUCGUGACUUAUGGGGGCCACUUGUCGUUUUUUUUUGUUGUUGUUUUUUUUAAUGUAAUUUAAUAAGAUCUACUCAGUGAAAUCUAAACUACUUUCCAUUACUAGUUAUAUUUUAUCCACAGCUCAACCUUAUCUACAUUCACUCAAAGCUUUUAUGCAACUGCAAUGGUUCUGUUUACAUCUAAGGAUUCCAUUGACCCUAUCAAACACCUGACUCAGCAUGGUAUUUAGGGUUGGGGGUUAGGGUUAGGGUUGGGGGUUAGGGUUAGGGUUAGGGUUAGGGUUAGGGUUGGGGCGGCUGGUUGUCCGUUACAUAUGCAUUGAUGAUGUUUGUUUUUUUUUUUAAAGUCUUUUGUUAAUCCAAGUGUCCAUAUGUGUAAUACGAAUCCCUUAUGACACAUACCAAAUCAAUAGUUUCUAAAAUUUGAACAUAUAAUUAGAUAUUUAGUUAGUUUUACCCAUUUUCUUUUAUUGCUAAUUUUUUUUUUAAAGUUGUAGCCAUCUUUAUUUUCACAAGUAUCAAAUGCAAGCAGAACCAUAAUUGAUAUCAUCUCUACACCAUCCUCUCUACAGCAAUCGUCUCUACACCAAUCCUCUCUUCAUCAAUCAUCCCUAAACCAUCCUCUCUUCACCAAUCAUAUCUACACCAUCCUCUCUACACCAAUCAUCUUUACACCAUCAUCUUUACACCAACCAUCUCCACACCAAUCAUCUCCAUACCAACCCUCUCCACACCAACUAUCUCCACACCAAUCAUCUCAACACCAAUCAUCUCUACACCAACCAUCGCCACACCAAUCACCUUUACACCAUCAUUUUUAUAUCCACAACUUCCUUAUCUCCUCCCCCCUCCCCUCCCUUCCAGUGCCGCGGUCCCCCACAGAGUCUACGAGAGAGACGCAUGCAGCAGCUCCACAUGAACCGGUUACAACAGGGCCGAGACAACCGCCGCAGCACGGGCGUGUCCAGGCUCAGUGAGAGGUUCAACUCCAUGGCCUCCACGACGUCCAGCGUCCUCCCGCUCGACUCGGUCAGGGUCAGGAACCCCAUGAUGGACAGGUGCAAAAAACUGAGCAGGGAUGCGGACGACAUCUUAGACACCGGAAGUGGUUCGGAAUAAGUGAAACUGUCGUUAGGCUUGUCUUUUGUUGUUAUUUUGGCAGUAAUCCCGAACACUGCAUUUCCAUAGCGUCAGCCCGAGUGCACAAACUUUGAAUGGAGACCAAUCCGUUUUAGAGUGACCCCAUGAUGGCUGCAUCUAGCCCUUUAGAGAAA